UUAUGAUAGUUUUGGAUUAAAUUCAAAAUGACUGUAAAAAAUAAAAAAUAUGUUGCUAGUGAAAGUGAUGAUUCCUCUUCAGACGAAGAAGCAGAAAUAGAUUACAUUCAGAAUAUAUAUAAUGACGAAAAUUUGUUUUAUAUUUCAAAAAAGCACAAAAUAAAAGAUUAUGAAUUGGAUUGCGAGAAAAAAGUUCGCUCACAAAAAGAUAAGAAAUACAAUUAUAAACUAUUACUACCCAUAAAAAAAAUGGGAAAGUUAAUUCCAAUUACAGAAAGAAUCCCAAAAGUCAUCAAAGAUGAAGAAUUAGAAAAUUUUAAGGACAAAAUAGAAUUAAAAAAUAUUAAAAAAAAAUCUGUAAAAAUUACAAAAUUUAAUUCCCUGCAGAAUUUUAGAGUUUUUUUAGCAAAUAUAUCUAGUACAAUUUUGCAAAAUCCUGAAGAAAAUAUAAUAAAGAUGAAAAAAUUGUUAUCUCUCAUCAAACAAAAAAGAUUGAUAAUAGAAAAUCAUGAAACUAUUUCAGAUAAUUAUUUGGCCAAAAUAUAUAUAAUUGGUUCAAUAACUGAAAUUUUUAAAGAUUUAAUACCAGGUUAUAAAAUACGAUUACCAACUGAACAAGAAAAACAACAAUUGGCAGCAAAAGAGACUAGACUUUUAAGAUCUUAUGAAGAAAAACUGUUAAAUUUAUAUAAAAAAUUUAUUGAUACCAUGAUUAAUUAUACGAAGUUAAAAAAAAUUAUAAAUCAACCAAGUAUACAUAUAAUUUUGAUGAUUAUAAAAUCAUUUGGGGAUAUAAUUUUGAUAAAGCCUCAUUUCAAUUUUCGUAAAAAUAUUAUGAGUUGCCUUGUUCCACUAUUAAACCAUAAAAACAAUGAGAUCAUAACACUAGCAUCAAAAGUAUUUAAAAAGAUAUUUUUGUCUGAUGAGGAUGGAGAAUUAUCACUAGAAGUUGUCAGGCUUAUCAAUCAAUUUAUAAAAACCAAAAAAUUCUUUGUUAAUUCACAGGUUAUUGACGUAUUUUUAUGGUUAAAAUUGGACGAUGUUAACACCCACUCUCGCGCUGACUCCAACGAGGAUGGCUUAUCCCAAACGAUUGACAAAUCGGAUAAAUCUCAAAAUUCUAAAAAACACAAAAAGACAUUCGUUUCUAGAAAACAAUUCAAAAAAGCUAAAGCCUUCGAAAAAUUUAACAAGGAUAUGGAAAGAGCCGAAGCCGUGACCUCUUUAAAACGCGACAAACACUUAAACCACACCCAAAUAGCUAAUCAUAUUUUCAUCUUGUACUUUAAAAUACUCAGAAAUUGUUCUUCCAUUCAUAAUGUCAGCGGACCAAACAAUUCUCCCUUUAUGAGAAAACUGUUGGCUUCUGUGUUGAAAGGAUUGUCUACCUUUGCUCAUAUAAUUAACAUUGACUUUUUUCACGAUCUUAUAGCUUGCUUGUCCGAGAUUUCUGUUUCGAAGAUGACAUCCAAAACCGAUAAACUCCACGCCAUUUUAACCACCUUUGCUAUUUUGUCAGGGCAAUAUCAAUCCGCUUUUAACAUUGAUUUAAAUCGGUUUUAUUGUUCAUUUUACGAUAUUUUAUCCCCAUUUGAGGAUGACGAGACGUUAGAUAACAAAUGUGAUUCUUUACAAAUACAACUAAAUCAAAUUCCCCUAAAAUCACAAAUAACUUUUGAAGAAGCUCGGCUUGUGGCCAAAUGCAUUGACGCUUGUUUCAUUCGCCGGCCUGACGCCCUUGAAUCAACUUGUAGAGUAUCUGCUUUUGUUAAAAGAUUGGCUUCACUAUGCUUAUUCAAUUAUCAAAAUGAUAUUAAAAAUUUUAAUAUUAACUCCAAUAAUGUUAUUCCUGAACCUAAAAAGACACAUAAUGAAGUUAGUAUAUUUGAUUGUUGUUCCACUACUCACAUAUUCAUGGUGAUAAUAGGAAAAUUAUUACAGUCGUCCACGUCUUCUCUUCAUUUAUUUAACACCGAUAUUGACGCCAAACCCAAAUAUGGUGCCGAAAAUUUUUGCUACAUGCCGGAAGCAAAAGACCCUGAUUUUUGCCAGUCUCAAAAUGCUUCCCUUUGGGAAUAUCCAACAUUAUAUUCACAUUUUUAUGAUUUAUCCACCCGUCGAUUUUUAUCAAUGUGUAUUAAUCCUUUGGUGAAGUCACAAAUCAAGAAAAUAAAAAAUGAGAUAGAUGGUGAGGAUGUUACUAACAGUGCAGCUGCCAAUAAUAGUUUUAUCGAUAAGGCUUACAAGAGUUUAAUUAAUGAUCAAUUUGAUUUGAGAAAAUUGUUAGAUAUACCUAUUUCUCCUGUUAUACCUAAGGAUUGUGAUGCGAUUGAAAAACCUAUUUGGCCGAACAAAGAUAGAAAGAUUUUUGAGAAACGCUUGGAGCAACUUAUCACUCGGUACUCAAAAAGUGUCUACAUAUACGAUAAAUCAUAUUGUACUUUUACAUGAUACUAUUGUAUCGAUUCAAUCUUAAUUUUAAGAAUGUUGUAGAUUGUUUGAUAAAAUAAAAU